ACCCCAUUCCUUGAUAGAUGCCGUACGAGCGAAGGCGCGUCUGUCAGGAGCGGCUCGGAGCUCUCGGAUUUAACACCUCACACCGCCUCAUGUCUCACUUUUCUACAGCUUGUUGAAUUUGAUUUGUGACUCUGGGUCGGGGUUCACCCCGCUGAAGCGAUCGAAAGAAAAGAAAAAUACAGAAAAGCCAUGCCGGUUCGUACCGAGCGCUGUCCCGGUUCAGCAUCGGCCUGCGUGUCCUCGGCCUCUCUAGUUCCGCCGCCCCCGAUCAACACGCAGCAGCCUGGCGUGGCCACAUCGCUCCUGUAUAGCGGCUCUCAGUUCCGCGGACACCAGAAGAGCAAAGGCAACUCGUACGACGUCGAGGUGGUCCUACAGCAUGUCACAAUGGAGGACUCGUACUUGUGCGGAUACCUCAAGAUCAAGGGGCUGACUGAGGAAUAUCCCACCCUGACUACUUUCUUUGCUGGUGAGAUCAUCAGUCAGAAACGUCCCUUUCUAACCAGGAAGUGGGACGCAGAUGAGGAUGUUGAUCGCAAGCACUGGGGCAAGUUCCAAGCAUUUUAUCAGUAUGCAAAAAGCUUUAACUCGGACGACUUUGACUACGAAGAACUCAAGAACAGCGACUUUGUCUUCAUGAGGUGGAAGGAGCAGUUUCUCGUCCCAGACCACACAAUCAAAGACAUCAGUGGCGCUUCCUUUGCCGGUUUUUACUACAUCUGCUUCCAGAAAUCCACAGCUACCAUCGAGGGUUUCUACUACCACAGAAGCUCUGAAUGGUAUCAGUCCCUAAACCUCACCCAUGUUCGUGAACACAGUGCACCCAUCUACGAGUUCCGGUGACAUUAAAACCAUCUCAAGGCCAGAAGUGGGUGAAACUUUGGACAGAGAUUAAAAACAAAAAGCAAACAAACAAAAAAAAAAAAACACUGGACUUAAGGAAACGAUACAGAACUGCCUAAACAUGCCAAGUAUUCGGUCAUUUUCUCACAUAACAGAGUGGAUGACAAAGACUGACAUGCGGAUGAAAGAAGUCUUCACAGACCACAAGUGGAUCAUGAUGAAAGAUUUACCACAGAAUUUCUUUUCUUUUUCUUUUUUUUGGGGGGAUUAUUUGUUUUUUAUUUUAUUUUUUCCCCAACAUCAUUUUGCCUUCAGGUUUUUAAAGCCUUCUUCUGUCCUUCUGCCAUCUUAAAUUCUUACAUUUUUUUAGUCUAUGUUUUGAGAUUAAAAAACCCUCUUAGGUUUUCUUUUCCACCGAGAAAGCUAAUCAUUUUAUUAUCUUUUUUCUCGCCAGGUCAAACUGGAUCAUUAGACCAGACCAAUAUAGAUACAGAUUACUAUCCACACGUAGCUAAAUUCUUUCCAAUCAGACAGGAUGAAAGCAUGUAGGAUGUCUUGGAGAGAGAUGGAGUUGUAAGGUGGACGUGUUUACGACACCUUCGAGUGACUUGGGCAUGGGAAGUCUGUGGUUUCCGAGGUGGGAAGAAUAUAAGAAGCGUCUCCACGGAGACGGCUUACAAUAGAGAUGUGCUUUUGCUUCUUAGAGAGAUUGAAUAUAAUUAUAUAUUUUCUAACAAAUCUGAUUCAGAUGUUUUGGAAAAAGGUAUUUUAUAUCCCACAGUGCUAGACAUAAGCUGCUUAGCGUGAGCAGGUUUUCUUUUUGUGUCAGGGAUGAGCAGCUUUUGAGAAAAGCUAAUGUGACUAAUAUUUUCUCCAUUUUGCUAUGCAACAUAAAAAAAUAAAAAAAAACUUAGCUCACCAACAUUUCCCACAUAUUUAUUUACAGUACCACAGGUAGCAUUUUUCACAUAGUAAUCACAACCAAAUGAGUAUUGAUUGGUAAGCACUUUGAUGAUAAUUGGCGUAUCAGUUUGGAUGGGUGGGAUGAUUUAUUAUCCUGAAUGUCCUGAUGUUCAAGUUCAAGUUGGAGUUCAAGUUGAAUAUCGUUGGUUGGGCGAGUGGGCAACAGCCUGAAUAGGAUAUAAAGAAAGGUUUUCUCCUAAAUAGCUGUCAGGGAUCAGGCCAGGGGUUUUCCUGAAUGACAAAUAUGAUAUUACUCGAUGUUGUUCUGUUCUUUGAGCUCAAGAAAUGCACAAAAAAAGGAAUACUUCAAAGAAAAUUGAAGUAGAGAAAGUAAGGUGUGAACAGAACCAUUCUGUGUGGUAAGAACUAAAUACCCAUUGUGGAAUACUACAGCUCAGACCUCUUAAGCUUUAGUCGAACCCUUUGCCUUAAACAUCAACUGUUUGUAUAUAGUGGUUUUAUAAGUGAUUCGGAAGAUUGUUUUGGAUGAGUGCGAGUAAGCGGGGAUGAAGGAUGGUAGACGGUCAUGAGCUGUGAUGCCUCAUCAGGCAAAACGACCUCCAAACUUUUUUUUUUUUUUGCAGGACAUAAAUAAAUACUAAUUGAUUAUAGUCCAAACACAGACAUAAUGUUAUCAGGCUUUUGUUUGGUGUUGGAUUGUGUGUAUAUGUCAAGUGGUAAUUGCUAAGAGAAAUCUAAUUGCGGUCACAAUAAUCUGUGGUUAGUUACGCACUCAACACUAUAUGUCCUACUUGUGUUUUGAGUCUUUUUUUUUUUUUUUUGAACAAAGACAAGAUCUGAACAGAAUAAACAGUAGAUCUUGGCUUGUAUACAUUUAUCACAAUUUUGUAUUAAGACACCAUUUCCCUCUCCUUCCUGCAACUAUAUUCUUUCAGAUAUGAAAAUAAAUCCCACAUGCACACUUAUAAUCAGCGCACUGAGAUCACUGUAUCACGAGGAGCUUCUGAUCGAGAUCGCUUCACUUGAAGGACUGCAAGUGUUUUCAGACUGUUUUAUAAAUGGAUCCAUGCAGGAGUGUCAAGUGACAUGUUGACCCAAGAGUGGUGUACAUAAUAAAAGUUUGUGAUGUAAAUGACAAAAAAAA